GGGAGGGGACCCGGGAGAGCGGGAGGGGGGGCGGCUGCGAGGAGGAGGUGCCGCCAUGGGGGUUCUGCCCCUCCUCCUCCUGGCGGUGGGGACGCGAGCGAUGGACGGACGCCUCGACCUGGGCCGGUGCCGCUUCGCUCUGGGGAUGGAGGACGGUUCCAUCCCCGACAGCCGCAUCUCGGCCUCCAGCGCUUGGUCCGACUCCACCGCCGCCCACCACGGCCGGCUGGGCCGCAGCGAUGGCGACGGCGCGUGGUGUCCCGCGGGCCCCGUCUUUCCGGAGGAGGAGGAGUUCUUGGAGGUGGAUCUGGGACGGCUUCACCUGGUGACGCUGGUGGGGACGCAGGGCCGCCACGCCGGUGGCCACGGCCGCGAGUUCGCCCACGGCUACCGCCUGCGCUACAGCCGCGACCAACGCCGGUGGCUGCGCUGGAGGGACCGCUGGGGCACUGAGAUCAUCGGUGGCAACGAGGACCCUCAGGGGGUGGUCCUGAAGGAUCUGUCUCCGCCGGUGGUGGCCCGAGCGCUGCGUGUCUACCCUCGCGCCCCGCGAGCCAUGAGCGUCUGCCUCCGCCUGGAGCUCUACGGCUGCCCCUGGGACGUUGGGCUCCUGUCCUACACGGCGCCGCGGGGACAGGUGAUGGUCCUCGACACGGGACCUGUUGUCCUCAACGACUCCACCUACGAUGGAUCCAGCGUUGGCCCACGGCCCUUUGGGGGUUUGGGGCAGUUGGUGGACGGCGUUUUGGGUCUCGAUGACUUCCUGAGGAGCCGCGAGCGCCGCCUUUGGUCGGGUUACGACUACGUCGGAUGGCGUCGACCGCCGGGACCUCAACCCCACGUGGAACUGGAGUUCGAGUUUGAGAAGCUGCGGAGGCUCCACGCCAUGCAGGUCCAUUGCAGCGUUGUGCCGACGCGCAGCGUCGACGCCUUCACGGCGGUGGAGUGUCGCUUCAAGCAGAGCUUGGCCAGACCUUGGGAGGAGCCCUCCUCGACGUCCCACAGCCCCAUGGGCGCCACCGCCGGCGCCCGCUGGGUCACCGUCGCCCUCGGGGGGCGCCGCGCUCGCUUCCUCCAGUGCCGCUUCUUCUUCGCCGCCGAGUGGAUGCUCUUCAGUGAGGUCACCUUCCACUCAGAGGUGGUGGCGGAGGCCCCGCGGCCCAGCGGGGGGUCCCCCGUUGCCCCCCCCGAGGCCUCAGUGGGCGCCGCGGGCAUCGCCGACGACAGCGCCGCGGCCGCCGCGCUCCCACCCCGCGCCACCGCCGCAGCCACCGCCGCAGCCACCGCCGCAGCCACCGCCGAGCGCGGCGCCGCCGCCGUCCUGGAGGGCUCUCUGGGGGCCCUCAUCCUCCUCCUGGUGGGGAUCAUCGUCCUCAUCCUCUGGGGGCACCGCUGGAAGAGCGCCCUGGGAAAGGGCCGCCGUCGGUGGGAGGAGGAGCUGCGCGUUCAGCUCUCGGUUCCGGGUGACACCGUCGUCAUCAACAACGCAACGGCGCCGUCUCGGGGCCCUCCUCGUUACGAGCGGAUCCCCCCGAGCCCCGGAGGCUACCGGGAGCCAACGAGGCCGUGGGCAACGCUGCCCCCCGCGCCGCCGGGGCCUGCUCCGUCGGAUACCGCGGCGUAUCGGCUCCUCCUCACCACCUACGCCCGACCCAGGGGGGGCCCCACCCGACAGCCCCCGGCGGGGACCAAGCGCCUCAACACCGACGGGGCUUACGCUGAGGCCGAUGUCACCGGAGGCUCCGCCUAUGCCCUCGCUGGCCCCGCCCCCGCGCCCUCCCCCCCCCUCCCCGCCUUCCCCCGCGGCCGCCUGCGCUUCCGCCAGAAGCUGGGGGAGGGGCAGUUCGGAGAGGUGCUGCUGUGUGAGGUGCAGGAGCCGCAGGCGCUGCCCCCCCCCUCGCGCCCCCCCGCGCUGCCUCCGGGGCGGCCGCUGCUCGUGGCCGUCAAAGUGCUGCGCCCCAACGCCACCAAGAACGCCAGACGGGAUUUCCUGCAGGAGGCGCGGACGCUGGGGCGGCUGCGGGACCCCAACAUCGUGCGGCUGCUGGGGGUGUGCGCGGGCGCGGGGCCCCUCUGCAUCAUCACCGAGUACAUGGAGCACGGGGACCUCCACCAGUUCCUGGGGGGGCCCAGCGGAGACAACCUCAGCCUUCGGACGCUGCUGCACGUGGGCGCCCAGAUCGCCUCGGGGAUGCGUUUCUUGUCCGGGUUGAACUUCGUCCACCGCGACUUAGCGACGCGGAACUGCCUGGUGGGCGAGGGCUUCACCGUCAAGGUGGCCGACUUCGGCAUGAGCCGCCACCUCUACGGUAGCCACUACUACCGGGUGCGCGGGCGAGCCCUGCUGCCCAUCCGCUGGAUGGCCUGGGAGUGCAUCCUCAUGGGCACCUUCACGCCCGCCAGCGACGCCUGGGCCUUCGGGGUGACGCUGUGGGAGGUGCUGACGCGGUGCCGCGAGCAGCCCUACGGCCGCCUCAGCGACGAGCAGGUCAUCGCCAACGCCGGGCACCACUUCCGAGCCCAGGGACGCCAGGAGUACCUGCCGUGCCCCCCGAGCUGCCCCCCCGCCCUCCACGAGGUGAUGCUUCGGUGUUGGGCGCGCGACGCCGACGACCGACCGACCUUCGGCCUCCUGCACCGCCUGCUGCGCCACCAGGCCGGCCUCGCCUGAGCCCACCACCACUCCUCCUCCUCCUCCCUGGUGGCCUUCGGCCUCCUCGAGAUCCUCCUUCGUCCUCCUCGAGAUCCUCCUCUGUCCUCCUUGAGUUCCUCCUCCUCGAGAUCUUCCUUCAUCCUUCUCGAGAUCCUCCUCUGUCCUCCUUGAGUUCCUCCUCCUCGAGAUCUUCCUUCAUCCUUCUCGAGAUCCUCCUCUGUCCUCCUUGAGUUCCUCCUCCUCGAGAUCCUCCUUCAUCCUUCUCGA